UAUUAUUAAUACACCAUUGAAUCUCAACAGUUGCUUUUUUUACCUAGCAAACUCUUUUAUUUUUAACAUUCACUCAACUUUCAUUAAAGUGUUAUCAACCAAAUCACCACAAAAUUGUGUUCUUCUUUCAAUUAAUCAAUCAUUUCAUGAUACUUAACAUGUUUAACAAUCAAUAACAACACAAGACCAAAAAAACACACCAAAAAACACUAAAAAUCAUCAACAGCAACAUCAUAAGAAUCAGUUGCCAUCAUCAGUUUAUGGUAAACCUUUUAACCUUUCAUUCCCUUUUUUUAACCUGUUGCUACUGUAACCAACAAACCAAGCUAAUCAUCUUAAUAUCAGUUGAUUUUUCAAAUCAAAUUAACAUUGGUUGAUGAUGAAGAUUACAAUAUGCCUUGACAACCUUGUAAAUUGAAGCGUUUUUGUGCCUUUUUACAGUCCUUUUGUUUUACAAAAAAAGUUGAAUCUUUUGUUUUCAUAUUUUUGCUGGAUUCAGAUGAAUUUCACCAAAUUAAUGCUCAAAGAAUCAUCAACAACAAUUGACGAAUGAGUUCAACAACAAAGGUGAAUCCCAAGUCAUUUAUUUCAAUGAUUAAACAACAUCAUCAAGGGUAAAAAAUGAUUGGCUAAAAAAUGUUAAGCUUGAUGUAGAUGUUAAACCCAAAACACCUAAUAGUGUUAAAUCAAAUCUAACCAAGAUUGGUUACAACUCUAAAGGAUCUUCAAUAUUGACAUUUCUUAAUUGUGUUCAUCAUAAUCAUCAUCAUUAAAUCGCUGGAUUCAAGGGAAAACCUAUUCACAUUGAAAAGAAAACCAUUGAAAAGUAAACAAACAAGAUUGGAAGCUGAUUACCCAAACCUUCACAAUUGAUCACCAUGCCAUCUCUACCAACCAUAAGCACCAUUGAACCGUUACCUGCGGUUAAAAAGGCACCAGUUGAACCUGUGGAUGACACCAAGUCAGCUCUAAAAGAGAUGUUACUUCCCAUCAUGUUGAGUGGCUUUGGUAAUAUGGGUGCUGGAAUGGUUUUGGAACGAGUCCAGUUUAUGGACAUUUUCAUGGCCAUACCACAGUUGAUUCAACUGGUUCCACCAUUACUUGGCCUUAAGGGUAACGUUGAGAUGACUCUUGCUUCCCGUUUAUCAACCCAUGCAAAUCUUGGUCACUUUUCCGAUGCACCAACAAGAAGACGAAUCAUUGUUGGUAACAUUGCUUUAUGCCAGUUUCUAGCAACUGGAGUCGGUUUCAUAGCACCAAUAAUUUCUCUCCUCUUGUCGCACAUUCAAUUUUCUGUUGCCCCCGAGACAGCCUUAAACCCGUCAACAACAACUGCACCAGGAGCAAUACCAGGAGUUGUAUCAGAACCUUUUCUGUCAUCUGGUUCAAUGGCUGACCAUUUAAAGGCAACCUCUUUAUCAGCCUCAUCAAUGGUCCAAUUUGAUAUUGAACCCAAUCCAAAUGACUUUGGAUCUCCGUUAUUGGCCAAAGGUAUUUUGAUCUCGGCAAUUUUUCUGGCCACCUCGGGACUUGCUGAUAUAAUCCUAUCUUCAACAAUAACAGCGGUUGUCUUCAUUUCAUCUCAAAUUUUGGGUAUUAAUGCUGAUAAUGUGGCCACUCCAAUUGCUGCUUCAGUGGGUGAUUUGAUGACCAUGGUUUUCCUGGUUUACGUUGCCAAAGGCCUCUACAACUUAUCACUCAUUGCCGUUUGGACACCCAUGAUUCCGCUGCUUCUUUGGACAGUUAUUCUCAUCUGUACUGGUAUCAUUGCUCGUCGCAACUCUUUCACCAGGUCAAAGGUUUUCCAUGGUUGGACGCCACUGGUUGUAGCCAUGUUGAUCCAAAAUGUUUCUGGUAUUGUCAUGGAAACAAGUCUUCGACGAUUUCCUAAGAUGGCCAUUUACCAGCCAAUUAUCAAUGGUUUUGGUGGUAAUUUAGUUGCUAUACAAAGCUCACGUGUGGCUACUUACCUUCAUAAACAUGCACAUAAACGGGAAUUGGUCAAUGAAACGGAUUCAUGUUGUCAUUCACCCUUAUUUUUCUUUUUUGGUGACGGUCAACAUGGUAGAUUAGCGUUCUUGAUGGUCCUUUUGGCUGGUCCAAUUCAACUUCCAUUGGUUUUAAUUUCAACCUUAUUAUCGGCAACCUCGCAAAUUACAUUUGCACAAUUGUUAACUUAUUAUGUUUGUGCGACAAUCCAAGUUAUUAUCAUUCUUUACAUUGGUUAUUGUUUUGUCAAUUUACUUUGGCUACUUGGUGCCAAUCCAGAUGAUAACGCAAUACCAAUAUUAACAGCGUUAGCUGAUCUUUUGGGUACCAUUGUACUGGUUUCGGGUUACAUGUUUUUAAAUUCAAUUGGAGAUGUAAAUGCUUCUCAUUUUGAUGAAGGUUUAUUGGCGAGUAAAUCAAUCGCUUCAAUUGUUUACAAUGCAACAUCAACAUUGAAUAUAACUAAUGGUACAACUAGUUUAUCGCCAUCAUCGGGUCCCUUCAUUGAGCUAACUAAUAUAACAUCAAUCUUGUCAACGACAAUGGCUCCGUUUUCAGUGACAAACAAAUUAGCUUCAUCGUUGAUUGCCAAUUUAACAACACUAGCUCCAAUCAAUAUAACAAUCUGAAAUGAGGCUUUUUUAAUUGCUUUUUCCCUUCUUUUUGCGUCUUUUACAGCAGUAUUUUACUCAUUUAGAAUAAUUAUUGAGAUGAAAAAUAUUAUUAUCACAAUUAUUGUUUUUAUUAAUAAAACAAUUUAUAGACAUUCAAA